AUGCUUUUCCUCGUGACACAAGGACACGUGAACUUGGGGAUGAUUGUUUCGUGGUCCAACUCCCUCGUGUCAGACUUUCUGGUUGAUAACUCCACUCUCUUCGGGAAUCAGAUUGCGUUCGCUCCCUGGGAGAUGGAUAUGACAGGCAGCCUGCUCUUCAUCGGCACAGCCUCCACCUUCCCCUUCGCCGGGUGGCUGGUCGCGAAGGCAGGGCGUCGUCGACCGAUGAUGCUGACCUGCGUGCCGGGAGUCGUCGGUUGGGCCUUCUGCGCCCUCGCCUCCGACCAAAAACUGGUUCUGGUUGGCAGAUAUUUCCAAGGUGUGAGCGGCGCUAUCCUUGGAUCUGCAGUCCGGACUUACCUAGUGGAGGUGGCUGACACAGGCAUCCGUGGCGCCGCCAGCAUGCUCCCUGAGGUCAUGAAGGGUCUGGGAGCCAUCGCCAUCAUCGCCGCCGGGAUGCUCAUGCCCUGGUACUUCCUGGCCUUCAUGUGCGGGGCGCAGAUUCUCUUUUACAGCUGCCUUAUCGUCCCCUUCUUACCCGAGAGCCCGACCUACCUGGCUGUCACGGGCGAGGAAGAAGAGGCGCGUCAGGUUCUCCGUCGACUCAGAGGCCCGACGGUCAGCCUCGACAAAGAAAUUCAAAAGCUAAAGGAAGAGAAUCGCCUUUCCUCCAGCGACAGUUCCAUCUGGACAAUCUUCUUGGAUUCCCGAGUCGUGAAACGCAUUCUAAUAAUAACUGGCAUUUUCUUCAUCACUAACUUCAGUGGGAGCGAAGUGAUCCGAGUCAAUGCCACGAGAAUGCUCCAGGAGUCAGGUCUAGCCAUGGACGGGGAAAAGAGUACCAUCGUCGUGUUCUCGGUCUUGAUGUGUGGAAAUAUCGCCGGCUUUUUCCUCCUUGACCGGCUGGGACGUCGGUGGAGCGUGGUCUUCUCCUUGAUCCUCGUAGCGAUCUCCCACACUGCCAUGGGCGUCUAUGUGUAUUUCGACGAAGCGGCUGAUGUAUACACUACGGUUAACGUCGUGUCACUGGAGUCUGGCAAUGUAACCAGCCGUUUGAAUGAAUAUUCAACAGGUCAAAGUAUAACUACAGAAGAUUUUACUUGGGUCCCUCUCGCAUGCCUCAUGCUAGCUGCUUUUAGUGCCAACCUUGGUGCUGCCCCAGUGCCCUGGAUUCUGUCUGUCGAAUACUUUCCUACUGCGAUCAGGUCCCAGGUGAUGGGAAUAAGCACAAUGAUAGGAAAUCUGAUCAGCUUCGCGGCAUUACAGGCCUACAGUCCCAUGCAGGCUGCGUUCACCCAAGCUGGCCUGUAUUGGUCUUAUGCUUGCGUGGCCGCCUUGGGCAUCGUCUAUACCCUCUGUUUCGUUCAGGAGACUAAAGGUCGUAGAGUGGGCUGACCUUUGCAUAAUACAGCUUUCUAAAAUUUUUGUGGUGAUUGAGAUAUGCAUUUACG